CUCUGAUAGAAUUCGUUGAACUUUUUCAUUUCUUGCUUUUUUUUUUCCUUUGAUAGAAUUCUCUGGACUCUUUUUUCCAUAAAUGGAUGAUGUUCUUGUCGUAGUAUCCAUUGAUUUUGGAACAACAUAUUCUGGAUUCGCAUAUGCACGUACAGUAAAUCCCGAAAUUAUCACGAAUGAUAGUUGGCCCGACCAAAUCGGUCAAUUAAAAACAAAUACAGCAUUAAAAUAUGACAAAAAUUUUAAAUUUGUCGAAGAAUGGGGUUAUCCAGCGUUAGCUAAACCAAUAAAAAGUAAAGGAAAAUCAAAAAAUCAGUUUGUUUCAGAACCGGUUGAGCGUUUUAAAUUACAUUUAUCUAAUAUUCCCGAUAAUGAGAAACCUGUUUUGCCUAAAGGCAUAAAUUAUAAGAAAGCCAUCACUGACUACUUGAAAUGUAUGGGAGAAUUAAUCAAGGAGACAAUAACAACUAGAUGGCCGAAUGUAAAAUUCAUGAAACAAGUUUUGAUCAUAUUAACAGUUCCCGCAGGAUUCUCCGAUCAAGCGAAGGCAAUAAUGAGGGAAUGUAUUUAUGAAGCAGGUUUAAUUAACGUAAGAAGUUCUAAAAAAUUACAGUUUACUACUGAACCUGAGGCAGCCGCUAUAUACUGCAUGAAAUUGUUUGAGCAUACUUUAAAUAUUGUGGGAACCAACUUCUUAACUGUUGAUUGUGGAAGUGGCACAGUGGAUUUAACCACACGGCAGUUAUUGAAAAAUGACAAAUUAGGAGAAAAAACAAUUAGAGCAUGUGGAUUUUGCGGAGGAGUUAAUGUUGACAAAGGUUUUCUUGCUUUUAUCGGAGGGAAAAUAGGACCUUCUGUUUUGACAUUGCUUCAAGAAAAACAUCAUGGACAACUACAAUAUAUGGUUCAAGAAUUUUGUAAAAAAGUAAAGUUUUUAUUUACGGGAAAUAAAGAAGAGUAUAAAACUUUCGAAUUGGAUUUAGAAGAUGUUUGUCCAAUUAUAAAACAAUAUGUUACGGGUGAUAAAUUAGAACAAUUGGAAAAUGAUGAUUGGACCAUAGAACUUAAAUUUGUUGACGUAAAAAGAAUGUUUGAUCCUGUAAUUAAUAAGAUUAUUAAAUUAAUACGUGAACAACUUAAUAAUAGUGGUCCCAUUUCUGCUAUGUUCUUGGUAGGAGGUUUUAGUGUAUCUAAGUAUUUACAAAAAAGAAUUAGAGAAGAAUUUUCGAAUAAAGUCAAGAAUAAUAAUAUUUUCGUACCACCCCAACCAGCGGCUGCCACUCUCAGAGGAGCGCUUGAAUAUGGUCUUAAUAUGAAGAAAAUUAAAACCAGAAGGCUACCUUUAACAUAUGGAAUCGAAUUGGCUCCACUAUGGAAACCUGGCGACCCACCGGAAAGACGACAAACGCAUAAUAGAAUCUUUAAAUUCAGACGUUUAGUUGAAAAAGGUGUUGAAGUUGACGUUGAUCAAGAAUUUGGAUUCGAAUUACGCCCUAGUUUUGCAAAUCAAACAGAACUUUUGAUGGAAAUAUAUUCUACAACCGCGAAUGAAGCAACUUAUUGUGAUGAGCCUGGAAUGAAAAAAGUUGGGAAAUUAAAAUUGGAUUUCCCGAAUCCACGUCUCGGAUUUCAGAGAACAAUAAGUUUCACGCUAACGUUUGGUCAAAUGGAAAUUCGUGCUUAUGCAAAAAAUCAGCAAGGAAAAAUAACAAAUGCAACAUUCGUAAUUUCCGUUUAAAACAUUGUCCUUUGUAAAAUAUUAUUUUGAGUCAAACAUUAUUUACAUUUAUUAUCAAACAAUUUAUUUAUUUAUAUAUAUAUUUUUUAAUCAACAUUAUCGAUUUUUACAAGCAAAUUAGUAAAAGGAGCGAG